AUGCUGGGAACAGGGGGCUGUGUUGCCGUUCUCGUGGUGUCUCUUCUGAUUCUACAGUUUCUGAAGAUGCAGUGGGCCAGCCGGAAACUUCCACCAGGACCAAUUCCCUUCCCCAUUCUUGGCACUCUGUGGUGUUUUGGCUUUGAGUGGCAUCAGGGAUCUCUCUCAAAGUUCUCAAAAGUGUACGGGAAAACCUUCACCAUAUGGAUUGGACAUAUGCCAAUGGUUGUACUGAAUGGCUACCAUGCAGUCAGAGAUGUGCUCAUCAACCAUUCCAAAGAGACCUCUUGGCGAAUUGUCACCCCUUUUGUCAGAGACACAAUGCACGGGAAGGGAAUCCUGUUCUCAAGUGGUCACACCUGGAAGCAGCAGAGACGGUUUGGAAUGAUGACUCUGCGGACGCUGGGCAUGGGGAAGAAAGGCUUAGAGUACCGAGUGCAAGAGGAGGCCAGCUACUUGGUGGAGCUCUUUGCAAACACGAAAGGGAAACCCAUGGACCCUUCUUCCUUCCUAUUCUACUCUGUAUCCAGUGUGAUCUCCAGGGUAGUUUUUGGACACAAUUUCUCCAUUCAAGAUGAAAUAUUUCACAAACUGAUAGAAUGCAUCGAGUACGAGGGACAUUUUUUCCUCUCCUCGUUUCAUUUGUUGUAUGAACUGUGUCCAUGGCUUAUGCGCUACCUCCCAGGACCUCACCAGAAGGCUUUUUCAUGCUUGGAAUUUAUCCAUUCAUUUUCAAGAAAAGAGAUCCAAAAUCACAAGGAGAAGAAAAAGCUGGAUGAUUCAUGGGAUUUCAUUGACUUCUAUCUAGAGGAGAUAGAAAAAAACAAAGGUGACCCUUCAUCUACCUUUGAUGAAGACAACUUGCUUCAUGUCAUUUACGACCUCUUCACAGCAGGGACAGAUACCAUAGUGUCUACCUUGCGCUGGGUAUUUCUCUGUAUGGUGGUUCAUCCGGAUGUCCAAGAGAAAGUUCAGAAGGAGAUUGAUGCUGUUCUGACACCAUCCCAAUGCAUUUCCUACGAGGAUCAGAAGAGCAUGCCCUACACCAGUGCAGUCAUUUAUGAAAUCCUACGCUUCAACUUUGUUCUCUUAGCUGGGACUUUCAGACAAUGUGGAAGUGAUACAACUUUGCUAGGUUUUCCCAUUAAAAAGGGCACUAUAAUCAUUGUUGAUAUUGCUUCAGCUCUUAAUGACCCCGAACAGUGGGAGACGCCUCAGCAGUUCAACCCCAAUCACUUCUUGGAUAAGGAUGGGAAUUUCUUCAUCAGAGAAGCCUUCAUUCCAUUUUCAGCAGGUCCGCGACUAUGUCUGGGAGAGAAACUGGCCAAGACGGAGCUCUUCCUCUUCAUCACGAACGUGCUGCGAGCAUUCACGUUGCAGCUGCCAGAAGGAAUGACAGAAGUCAACACAAGGCCUGUAGAAGGAAGGUUUGCCGUGCAGGCUCAUCCGUAUGUCAUUUGUGCUGUUCCUCGUAAGACCAUAGCAGCAUGAAGUAAGGAAGGACCUUUGCUGAAAAAGGGCAGGACCAGAGGGUUAGCACUAGCUGGGAUUUUUAAACAGACCGCACUUAGCCAAACACACAUGCAAACUCAUCUGGGAAGGAAGCAGCAGUCAUUCCCAGAACACCUAAAGUGCAGGCAGGCACAGGCAUGUCUAAGAUCCACACAACCCUUUUAGGAGAAUCAAGUGCUCCUGCCCUCUUGGGUGUGCCUGAACCAUCACAGGAUGCUGACCUGUGUUUAAGAA